AUGGAGAGUGAAUUAAAGGGUGAUGUUGAGAGGUGGGAAAGAUUAAGAGUGAUGGUUGAAGAUGAAAGCUCCACCGACGAUGAAGGCUCCACCAGAGAAGAAAGAUUCGCCGGAGAUGAAGGAUCCGCCAACAAGGAGGCUAUAAUCACGUUACCAAUUUUUUGUCUUUCUCUUUCUUCUUCAUCAACUUUCUUCGAUAGGUUUAUGGAUUUUGUGUUUUCGUUAAGAGGAAGUAACAUAAAUGGUGCAUCCAACUAUUUGGAAUCCUUGAUUUUAAAGAAAAACAGUUAUGCACAUUAUAUACAUUGUUUUGCACAACAACUUCAAUUAGUGGUUGUGGUGGUUGCAAAGAAACAUGAUGAUGUUGGAGAAUUCUUUGGACAACUAGCUUUGGUGGUUAUUAUCGUUUGUGAGUCUUAUAAGAAAAAAGAUAUGAUACGAGAGAUUCAAAAAGAAAGAGUUGCAGUCGAAAUUGGCCUCACGUAUACCUUGUCAAAGCAUCUUAGAAAAAAAGAUCAAAAUAUUUUGGAAGCAACUUCGUUAGUAAAAGGGACAAAGAAAACAUUGCUAACUUUUAGAAAAGACGGGUUUCCAAAAAUUUGGAAGAAUUUUUGGAUAUGCAAAUUCAAGAAUUUGGGGAUAGAUUUAGUGAAGUUGGUAGAGAAUAUGACGACUUUGAGUCCUUGUGACUCGUUUCUAGUUUUUAUAAAAGUAAAGUUGUUGAAGCUAAGCGCGAAAUACAAAAUUGAUUUUGACGAUUCGGAAAAAGUGCAACUUAAUGGAUUAUUAAAACUAACUUUGGUUUUGCCCAUCACAACUGAAAUCAGUAAACGUUGUUUUUCUACAAUGAAGUUCUUGAAGACCGAUUUGCGUAACAAAAUAUGUGACGAUUUUAUGAAUGAUGCUUUGAUUUAUAGUGUAGAAAAGGAAGCACUAGAGAAUGUUAAGAUUGAAAAUGCAAUUACACGUUUUCGCAAAAUUAAAGAGCGAAGAUGUAAACUUUAA